AACAGCUGAGCAAACCGGCAAACAAUUUUUUGACAUUUCUCAUCUCGUUCAAGUCUUGUAAACAAAUGAUUUGUUGUACAUUUCAAAAUUAAAUACACAAUCUGAAAAAUAUUGUAUAAGGCACAACAAUGGAGGGUAAUGGCGAUGAAGAGAUUAGCAAUCAAGAUCCUUUACCACUUGAACGCUCGGGAGUCGUCAGGGAAAUCGGCACACAAGCUGUAUGGAGUUUGUCAUCUUGCAAACCAGGGUUUGGCGUUGAACGUUUGCGUGAUAAUAUUAUAGACACUUAUUGGCAGUCAGAUGGUCAGCUACCACAUCUUGUUAAUGUUCAGUUUCAUAGAAAAACACGUAUCAGUGCGGUUUAUUUGUACGCCGACUAUAAAUUAGAUGAAAGCUACACACCGUCACGAAUUUCACUAAGAACUGGCUCGAAUUUUAAUGACUUACAAGAGUUACAAAAUCAAGAACUUUUUGAACCAACAGGUUGGACUGCUAUUCAUGUGGAAAAUGGUAAAUCACGUCCUGUACGUAUAUACAUGUUACAAAUUGCUAUAGUGGCAAAUCAUCAGAAUGGUAGAGAUACACAUUUGCGACAAAUACGCAUACAUGCACCAGUCGAAAAUUCGAAGGAGAAAUUCACUUCGAUCACUUUUAAGAAUUACGAUAAUAUACGAUAAGGAUUUUUAUGUAAUAAACAAAAUGUGGCCUAUUCUAAUGGCAAUACUCAGGCGAAAUGCGGUCUAUAUAACACUUCCAAUUGCUGGAGUAGUAGGAUUCAUUGGAUACAAUCUGGAAAACAUACUCUCCGAUAAAUACACACCAUAUAACA